CGUCGUGCUCCACAAGAAGUCACACGCUGUCCAGCCAAACAAAACACCUUCUCUGACGAUGUCACAAGUCCGGAAACAACACUCGCGCCGCGCCAAUCACAGUAACUUUAGAUUGCUUAGUCUCAAUAGUUUGCGUCUCCCUAGGCAAGGUGUGUUAGCUUCUCCCACAAGUUGGCUGGCUUUGCAAGCAUCUUUCUUCGGCCUCAAGCCAACCACCUCCGUCCCGAGUCAAACGAGCUCCACAUCAGUAGCUCUGGCCACCCGUGCGCGGGCUCCACUAGAAUACUCCCUCCACGUCACAUCACAUCGCCAUGCCAUACCCUGGUUAUAAAAGAGCACCUUACCCAUCACCAGCAGCACCAAGACCAAGUCACCGCACCCACCGUAUCAAUCGACAGAGGCUCCGGCGAGCAGCCUAACAGGGGGGACGCACGAGUGCACACAACGCCUUCUCGAUCGAGCUAGCCGAGAAAGCAAGGCAGCAAUGGCGGUGGGGUUGCGUCGGACGAUGAACGCGCUGGCGUCGUCGUCGCCAAAGGCAGUGACGCCGUCGUUCCUGCUGGACUGCGCGCGGCCGGCCAAGAAGAAGCUCUCCUACGCGCGCGUGCGCUCCAUCAGCCUCCCCGUCCGCCUCCACCCGCUGGUGUCGUCGCUCCACGACGCGGCGCGGGCCCUGAUGUCCUGGGCCGACGCGCCGGCCCAGACGGGGCCCGCGUGGGUCGCCGACGGGGCCGGCCGCGCCGGGCGCGUCCUCGCGGGCCUGGCCGGCCUGCUCCACUACCCGCAGGCCCGCGACGCGCUCCGCAGGCCCUGGACGGAGCAGCUCCUCGACGACCUCCUCCUCCUCGCCGACCUCCACGGCUGCUUCCGGGAGUCCCUCGUCGCGCUCCGCCAGCUCCUCGCCGAGACCCACGCCGCGCUGCGCCGCCGCGACGGGGUCCGCCUCGCCGCCGCGCUCCGUGCCCAGCGCAGGGCCGCGCGGGAGGUCUCCCGCCUCGCGUCCUCCGCGAGGGACCUCUCUCACCGCGCCGCCCCCGACGACGACCUCGACGAGGUCACCCUGGCCGACGCCUUCGCGCUCGCGACGGCGUCCGUGGCCGCCGCCUCCGCCGCGGUCUUCUCCGGGGUGUCCUCGGCCUCCGCGGAGUCCGCCGCGAGCGCCGCCCCGUCGCCGAGGACCCCGACGCCCUACUCCCCUGCUGGCCCGUCCCGCGCCCCGGCCAGCCCGAUGUGGCUCGUGGCCGACCUGCUCCGGCGGAGGCGGACCGCGUCCUUCUCCUUCGAGGACUAUUGCAACGAGGAAGAAGAGGAGCGGAAGGCCGCCAUGGGCCGGGUGCGCGGGCUCGAGGAGUGCGUGGCCGCCGCCGAGACCAGCGGCGACGUCGUGUUCCGCGCACUCGUCAACGCCAGGGUGUCGCUGCUCAACCUGCUGACGCCCACGUUCUGAUGAAUCAUUUUCGUGUCCUCUGCUUCGGAAGUUCAGAGAGAAAGACUGAUGGUUUUUCUUUUUUUAUUGUUCUCGAGCAAGGCUGCGUGUGAUCGAUCAGCCUGUGAGAUUAAUUAGUGCCAGCGAUUCCAUUUUGAUUCGUUUGUUGACUGAUGUGUGUACAUGAUGUAGAUAAUCUGGGUUGGUUUGCAAUGAAAAAAAGUGUUCCGAUUAUAGCAGAA